GCUAUUUAUUCCAUCUUACUCAAAACGCUGUCGUUUCAAUAAGCACCCGCAAAUUUGCAAUGCCUUCAAACCCACCGGUUAACAGUUCGGUAGUGGAGAAACUCCGACGAAACAAUGGCAGCUUUAAGCCACCGCCUACGCAGCUUCACGCGCCGCUUUUCUUCCACCCGGAACACUCAUAGAACCAGCGGAGCUACCAAGUUACCCACACUCUACACAAGCCCAGAUAUCGAAUCGGAUUCAACGACACUCCAGCUCCUCUCGUGGGGUCGAGGAGCGUCGGGUCAGCUCGGCGGCGGAAUCGAGGAGAUUCGAAUGUAUCCGUCCCCUGUCGCUAACCUUCUCCUUAGCUCCGAUCAGUCCUUCUCUCUCGCCCAAACGCCUGGAAGAAUCGACGCCGAUCCACCGAAAAACGGGUCGAGUUUUCGGGUUGGAAUCUCUUGCGGGUUGUUCCACUCGGGUUUAACAAUCGACGGUGACCUAUGGAUCUGGGGGAAAGGAGACGGAGGGAGGCUAGGGUUUGGCCAAGAGGAUUCGGUCUUCGUGCCAAAGUUAAACCCGCUUUUCGACGAGCAUGCGAUUCGCUGUAUCGCUCUCGGUGGUUUGCAUUCGGUGGCUUUAACACAUAAAGGAGAUGUAUUCACUUGGGGUUAUGGCGGAUUUGGUGCGCUUGGACAUUCCGUUUACACCAGAGAACUCGUCCCUCGACGUGUCGACGGCUCUUGGGAUUGCAGAAUCUCUGCCAUUGCAACCAGUGGAACACACACUGCUGCUGUUACUGAAUCAGGAGAGCUUUAUAUGUGGGGUAGAGAGGAAGGAGACGGUAGACUUGGACUCGGGCCAGGCCGAGGACCAAACGAAGGUGGUGGGCUUAGUGUUCCUUCAAAGGUCAAAGCUUUAACAGUUCCCGUAGCCUCUGUCUCGUGUGGUGGUUUCUUCACAAUGGCGCUUACACAAGAGGGACAACUAUGGAACUGGGGAGCAAAUUCCAAUUAUGAGCUCGGACGCGGAGAUAACUUGGGAGGUUGGGAACCAAAGCCAGUUCCCAGUUUAGAAGGCGUUCGUGUUACCCAGAUUGCUUGCGGUGGUUAUCACUCUCUUGCCUUAACCGAGGAAGGUAAAGUACUCUCGUGGGGUCACGGUGGCCAUGGCCAAUUGGGUAAUUCUUCGCUGCGGAACCAGACUGUUCCUACAGAAAUCGAAGCAUUAGCAGACAAAAAGAUCAUCUUCAUCGCUUGUGGAGGUUCAUCUUGUGCAGCGAUUACAGAUGAAGGUAAGCUCUGGAUGUGGGGAAACGCUAAAGAUUUCCAGUUGGGAGUUCCAGGACUCCCGGAAAUCCAAAGUUGUCCAGUGGAAGUCAACUUCUUAACCGAAGAGGAUGAACUUGGACCGCACAAGGUUGUCUCAGUCUCCAUUGGUGCUUCUCAUGCUCUGUGUUUGGUCUCAAGAUCCCAUCAAUAAAAAGAGAAAUAACAGUCACCGGCGUUUAGAAUGUUCAACUCAAAUGUUGUUAUGGCAUAUGCGUUUUGAAAAGGAAACGUAAACAUUAUCAAAACAGAGUGUUGAGUAUGCUUUCUAGGGGUAUAUGAUUAUACAAAUAAACGAACAAAGAUCUUCACAUAUCACAAAAACAAAAAUGAACAAGAUCGACACAACAGUUAAUCUGAACAAGGGGUUAUAUAAAACCCAUACUUGAACGUUUGUGCCAUCAAUUUGAGCAACAACCAACCUUUUUAACCGCAGAGACAUCAUCCUUGGACCCGACAUUGAUGGUCUGUCCUCUGGGAAAAGCAGCCGGGUCAUCUCCUAGAUCAAGCGCUUUACGGCUAACCACACGGUAAACCUGAGAAAGCAGUUCGGUGAAAGCAUUCUCGACGUUCAACGAUUCGAGAGCUGAUGUCUCCAUGAAGAAAGUGUUCUCUCUCUCCGCAAAGGCCUUAGCGUCUUGGGUUGAAACAGCUCGUAGGUGACGGAGAUCUGCUUUGUUCCCAACGAACAUGAUGACGAUGUUGGAAUCCGUGUGAUCCCUAAGCUCCUUUAACCAUCUUUCGAUGUUCUCAAAGGUCAAAUGUCUCGUGACAUCAUAGACAAGCAAUGCUCCUACAGCUCCUCGAUCAUAGGAGGGUGAAGUUUAUGAAGAAAUCUCAAAUCGAUCCCUUAAUUUUCAGGGAGUUUUGAAGCGAGAUGGAUUAUAUCAUUAUACCUCUCUUGGCCGGCGGUAUCCCAAAUCUGGGCUUUGAGGAUCUUAUCAUCGACAUGGAUGCUACGGGUGGCGAACUCGACGCCGAUCGUGGAUUUAGAUUCGAGGCUGAACUCAUUGCGCGUGAAUCGAGAAAGGAGGUUGGAUUUUCCGACGCCGGAGUCUCCUAUCAACACCACCUUGAAGAGGUAAUCGUAGUCGUCGUCGGCUCUGUACGCCGCCAUCGUGAGGAUUAUACGAUUAGAGAGGCUCUCCUUCGAAAAAAAAUGUUGGAUCGGAGAUUUCUGGAAAUUUAGCGCGUAUCGAGCGAAAGGAAGAAGAAGAGACGCACAGGAAACAGAUUCAAAUUUUGAGGGGAAAGACAGAUGGAAAAAAUCGCGGAGACCCGGAUCCGAAUCAGGUUUGGGCCCUAACUGGGUCCAGGAAAAAUGGUUUUAUGAUUUGAGCUGAAAAUAGGUGAUUUGGGUUUGAAUUUUAACCUCUAAAUUAUUUCGAAAUUAUGAAUUAUUUCCUGCUUUGAGAUUGAGAUGGAGAUAGGUAUAUCUUAUCAGAAAAAGCAUAAAACAUUACAGUUUGUUUCAAACAUAAAAGAAUUUGAAGUGUCAUCUAAAUUGAACAUAUUUAACAAUGAAAAUAAAGCUGUUUUUUCUAAUAUUU